UUGCGGAGAGCCGUUUAACCAGAGGGCGGAGUAUUUGAGCUGACCGGAGUUUUGAAUUUUUCCCUCAUCAGGGCAUUACAUACGCUUCCCUUCCUUUGAUGCUCAAGUCACUCGUCAGGCUCCAUUAUUUUUUUCUCCUGCCAUACUUCCUAUCAAGCAUGAGACCGUGAGACCGACGUUUUUACGUCUUUGUAAAAGCUAUGUCAGGCAUUGAAGUCUUUGCCCUAGUGGGUUCCAGCAUUGCUCUCCUGGAUCAAUUCAUCCGUGCAGGCCGAAAUGCGCGCAAGGGCAUUGCCGAGCUUGAUCGACAGGUUUCCGAGUACGAAGUGAUUCUUCGUGUUGCAGAAGAAGCCUUCCACGGAGUAUCGAAGUACGAGAAGGUUCCAAAAUCGAUGCAGGGAGCGAUGUUACUCUGCGCCCAGCGCCAUGAAGAAUUUUAUGAUUUGAUAUCACGCGAUCAGAAAGCAUAUCGGGUCAAACAUCCAGAAAUAAGACGGUUUCGCAUGGCGGCAGUGUCUAUGAGAAGAACCAAACGAAGAAUGGCCUUCGAAGCAUUCCGGGAUUCUGUGCUUUUGCUACGGGACUUGAGCCAACAAACCGAAGUUGCAGAGCAGCUAGAAACAGAAGUGAACUCCGAUGAUAUACAGCAUUGGAACCCGGAAGAUUUUGAGGAAGAAACGGGAGUCCACCUCGAAGACUUCAGAAGCUCAACUGUCAAAGUGCCUGUUGACAGCAAGACACUUGGUCUGGGGCCGAUUUCGGCAAGGUCUCAUUAUGGAUAUGAUGUCACCAUAGCCUUUCAAACAGGGUCCGGAAUAAAGUACAUCCCGGCAAGAGCUCUCAAAGACACUGGAAGUGAGGAAUUUUUCAUUUCGAAAAGCCUUCUCCAGCGAGACGAGAUACCCAGCUCUGAAUUUCAGAACGUUGAGAAUAAGGUCUUAAACGGCAUUGGCGGUGCAACAUUCAGGCCAAGUCAAAGCAUCUCACUUACAUGGUAUGUGAACAGAAACUAUAAUACCUUACGAACAGAAUUCUUUGUCGACGAUAACACGGACACGGAGUUUGAUAUCAUACUCCCCUGGGAUUUCAGGAUCGGUUCCCGAACUUCUGGUCGGGGCGACACCGCUAGCAGAGCUCUUAUAUUGCAAAUGAGAAAGAAGUCUACAGGUGAGUUGGAAUUCUAAUAAUAGAUCUCUUGUUUCUGACUUCAGUAAGUCGAAAAGGAACAGGAAAGGAUUCACGAGGAGUACCAGAUGAUCGAAGCGGCUAAGCGGAAGAAGGAGAAAGCAGAUGCACAGAAGAUUGAAAGAGAUAAGAACAGAUAUGCGAAAGUUCAAAGUUUUGGGCAGU